GCUCGCCGACCAGAACCCCAGCCGUCCCUGACGAAUUCUUUGUAAACGACUUGGAUAACCCCACAGCGCUCCCCGCGGAUGUCGAGACAUUAACCGAGGACUCACCUCAACUCCGCAGGCCUUCGGAUCUAAUCGCUGAAGGAUUUGGUUCUACCACCAAUCCCUCCAAUUUCCUUUUACUCGAACGGGCCGUGAACCGGGCCAAAGGUCGCAUCGAAACGUUUGUGCGCAACAUGUCUCCUGACAGAUUGACUACUUUGCUCGAUCGGGCCGUUGAGGGCGAUGAGGCCGCUGCCCAACGAACGCUCGAAUCAUUAGCGGAGUCACGUGCAGUGUUUACGUAUAUGAACCAUCCGGAUACCAUAACUCGUGUGGACAACACCAUAAACAAUAUAAGAAGAGCACUCGUGAUCAUAGAGAGACAUAUUCCGUCAGCGAGAGGACUUGUGUCUCACUGGGACGAAUUUUACCCGACAUAUAUGGCACAAGUUUCCGACUUUGCGCGUUCCGUACAAACGACUCAGAUACAGACGAUCCGAAGGAGACUCGGCGUAAACACCAACCCUUUCGUCCAGAGGGUACUGUCCGACUUGACAGCGCUGGAAAACGACAUUCCGAAGAUGAGGUACCCCUUUGAAGACCCGCCAAAUUAACACCCAAGAGGAUCGACAAGAACUGGUCAUAGUGGCGAGCUGGGCUGGGAGACGAAGGUGAAGGCGGGGGUAUUGUCGGCAC